AUGUAAAACCUAAAAAUUGUCUAUUAAUAAAAAAUGCACAAAUUACCUUCCAGCGUAGUUACAUAUCAAGACAUCAUUGAUGCAGUGAAGAAAAUUUAUCCAAACUUAAGUUAAUUUUAUUUAUUUACAAUUAUCCCUUGUACAAAUCAUUUAUCAAAUUUUUCAAAGAAUUUCAAGAAAUAGAAGAAAUCAAUUGUGAAUUCAGUUUCUCCUUUCUAAAGAAAAUUUACAAGAAUGAAGGAUGGAUUACAAUUAAAUUUCUGGUUCUAGAAGACAAAAAUUUAAAUAAUUUGAAUGCACAAUCAUUGAGCGUGUUGAAUCAGAGCUCAAUGAUUAUCAAUAGUUCCAGACUUGAUUAAACUUAAUACUCACAAUUAAAUUAAACUAGGUUGAAUAAUAUCUAUUAUUGUUAGAAUUAAAAUAGAGGAAAUCAAAUAAAAAGUUGAUUAUGCUAAGGAUGAGAAACUCAAAGAACAAGUCAAAAAGAUCUUAGAUGAGAAGUUAAAAGAAUAUGGACUAGUUAAAAAAAAGAUUACCAUUACAGAGCUAGCAAUCCCUGAUAAUUAUUUUCAAGAAUAAAAGAACGUUUAAAAUAAGUAUUGUCUUAAUUAGUAAUUUUUAUUGAUAAUCUAAGUUGGAAAGAAGAACCUGAGGGACUAUUAAACAUAGAGGAAUUUCAACCUUAAAUUUGAU